GGGUGAUGCUUGCGCAACAUAAGGAAACUGCCCAUGUUGGGCCGGUCGAAGCCGUGAUGUCAUCAGAAGAAGUGGUUACAGGUUCGGAAGGAUUGAUUUCGUCCUUUCGAAUUUAGCAGGCGCGCAGCGAUACAGCAAAAGAAGGUGGGAAAAGAAGAACAUCGGCGUAAGAAUUUAAGACAGACACAGGAGCAUGCUUUAAUGUGCGAGCCAUGUAGCAAAGAUGCAUUGUCUUUCAGGGAAGGCUGAGAGGGAAGCGAGGAGAGAGUGAGAGCGAGAGAAAUACAGAGAGGGAAAGAAUCCGUGUCCACGUGGAGCGAAUUCCAGGUCCGUGUUUUGCAUGGUGCCAGGGGAGAGAAAGAGGCAUCGCCAGCCCUCGUCCUCCUCGCUGCUGCAGUGUGGGAUUCAGCACGGAGGAGCCGAGGAGCCGUCCCGGUGAGAGGACCAGCACAUCCUGUUGUUCCGUCUCUUCACAGGGCUUGGAUAAAACCAGGGAGGCAGUGUCAGGGGGAAGGAAGGGAGCACAGGGAAAGAUCAUCUUGUCCAGUCAGUUUCAGAUUCAGAACCUCACGAUGAUUUUGUGCUCCUCUGUCAUCGAGUGAAGAAGAAUGUCUCCAGCAGAUUGGCACUCUGGAAGGCCAGACAGCAUGCAGCCGUCAGAGGUCAAGAGGGACACAAGAGCCCCCUUUCAGUCCUAGGAAGAGCUGACAAGUAACAUCAGGAUCCAUACGGCCGGAGGGAUUCUUGGGCAAAGAAGUCACGUGUUCAGCGAGAAGAGAGCUCCAUAGCGGUUCAUAAUGUUGUAUGACCAGCCGUAUCUCCAGCCGUAUCUAUGGUCCCUGUCUGGGCACUUCGAUGAAGACAGAUAUCCCUCUUUAUCCAGGAACAUGAAGGGCUUAUCCGGCGGCCGCGCACAGCACCAGAUCCCCUCCGUCCACACCUGCGGCCUGGCCGAGUGCGAGCAUUCCCACGAGCACCACCUCCACCAUGUCCCCGACUCCCGCCACUCUUACCUUCUGAGCCCCACGGAGAGCUGCCCCAUCGACUACCACCACCGUUACUCACCCCGCAGCUCCAUCCACUCCGACUGCAUGAUGAUGCCUGCCGUAGUGCCAACUGGCGGAGGCGGUAGUGAGCAUGUCUCUAGCAGCACUUUCCCAAGAAUGCACUAUAGCUCCCAAUACUACGAUACAGCCACCCGAGAUGACUGUGCCGCCAUGGCUGCCAUGGCCACAGCAGCCACCCACCAUUCUGCCGCCUCCGCCACCAAGCCCAACCGCAUCCCCGCCAACCUGCUGGACCAGUUUGAGAAACAGAUGCCACUGCACCGUGAUGGCUUCCACACAUUACAGUACCAGCGUACAUCCACCACAACCACCACGGAACAACGCAGUGAGAGCCCUGGCCGUAUCCGCCACCUGGUCCACUCCGUGCAGAAGCUGUUCACCAAGUCCCACUCACUCGAGGGCUCCUCCAAGAUGAAUGGCACCAAGGGGGACACAGGCAGCAGUGGCCACCACCACAGCCACCACUCCAAGCAUGGAAGUAAGAGAAGCAAGAGCAAGGAGCGCAAGCACCGCUCAGGUGUCGGAGGCUGGUGGAGCUCAGAUGACAAUCUGGACAGCGACAGCACCUACCGGACUCCCAGCGUCAUGAGUCGCCACCACGCCGAACACGUUGGCCACUGCUACCCCGAGUCCAUGCAGGGCCACUUUGGAGACCUCACGCUCAAGACCUCCAGGAGCAACAAUGAUGUCAAGUGCUCAGCCUGCGAGAGCCUAGCCAUGGCUCCAGAGGGCAAGUUCAUGAAACGCAGCUCCUGGUCCACACUGACAGUCAGCCAGGCCAAGGAGGCUUACCGCAAGUCCUCCCUGAACCUGGAGAAACCCAUGAUGCACCAGGACCUGAAACCAUCUCUGAGGCCUUGUCAUUACCUGCAGGUGCCCCAGGAUGAAUGGGGCGGCUACCCAGGGAUCGACAAGGAUGAGGAGAUCCCCUGCAGGAGGAUGCGCAGCAGCAGCUACGUGAAAGCCAUGGGAGAUGACGAGAGUGGCGAGUCUGACACCAGCCCCAAAACCUCGCCCCAAAAGUCUGUCCGACCCGAUGCACUUGCACUCAAGUCCAUCGUGCAGAGACCUCACAUAGACUCCCAAAGCCAGAGCUACCACCUGCAAGCUGCAAGAGACAUGCGCCCCCAUCCUGGCGUCACCUUGGACCCCGCCACCACAUAUAACCCCCCUCCAUUCCGCUCUCGGAACCAGAGCUACAUGCGAGCAGUCAGCACCCUCAGUCAGGCAAGCUGCGUUAGCCAGGUGAGUGAGACUGAGAUCAAUGGCCAGUUUGAAUCAGUUUGCGAGUCCGUUUUUAGUGAAGUAGAGUCCCAGGCUAUGGAAGCCCUGGACCUGCCGGGCUGUUUCCGCACCCGAAGCCACAGUUACCUGCGUGCUAUUCAGGCUGGGUAUUCCCAAGAUGACGACUGCAUUCCUUCAAUGACAUCCUCCACUGUCACUUCAACUCUCAGAUCCACAACAGGCAUCCAGUUCCGCCUGCCUACCUCCUGUGCCGCCGAACGAACGCAGCAGCAGCAGCAGCAGCAGCCCCCAGUGGUAACGUACACCCCUAGUUACAAGAAAACACCCCCUCCGGUUCCACCUCGCACUGCAUCCAAACCUCUUAUCUCCGUGACGGCCCAGAGCAGCACAGAAUCCAUGCAGGAUGCCUACCAUGAUGGUCGGCACCCUCGGGGAAGCCUGUGGCCCCAGGACAGCCUGGGUCGUGCCCUCUACAAUUCCACCGACAGCCUGGACAGCACCAAGGCGGUGACACUUGCUAUGGAAACAGCUGCAGGCCGGCGGCACGCAUCGACAGGCAGCCACAGCUCGGUGCAGACAUGUGACAAGGCUGUGCUUGUGUCCAAGGCUGAGGAGUACCUGAAGACCCCAAGAUCUUCCAUUGGAAUACAGGUGGAGACGGCGACUGACUCGGAAUCUGAAACGAAAGGGCUUCGGGAAUAUCAUUCUGUUGGCAUCCAGGUGGAGGAUGAGAAACGGCACGGUCGCUUCAAGCGCUCCAACAGCGUGACAACAGCGGUUCAGGCCGACAUGGAACUAGAGGGUUUCCCGAUCAUGGAGGACAAGGGCUUGCAGUUCGGCGGUUCCUUCCAGCGCCACUCGGAACCCAGCACACCCACACAGUAUGGCGCGGUGCGCACUGUCCGCACGCAGGGCCUCUUCAGCUACCGCGAGGACUACAGGGCCCCCAGCGGGCCCCCUAGCCCACAGCCACAGCCUUGGCUGCCGGAGCCCACGCACGAGGGGCCCGAGUCGGGCCGUGUGUCACCACUGCGCCGUGAUGGAGGCUGGUUCAUGCAGCUGCUCCACACAGAAACGAAGAGGAUGGAGGGCUGGUGUAAGGAGAUGGAGAGGGAGGCAGAGGAGAAUGACUUGUCGGAGGACAUCCUAGGGAAAAUUCGGAGCGCCGUGGGCAGCGCACAGCUUCUCAUGUCCCAGAAAUUCCAGCAGUUUUACUGGCUAUGUCAGCAGAACCUGGACCCCAGCGCCAUGCCAAGACCCACUUCUCAGGACCUGGCUGGGUUCUGGGACCUCCUGCAGCUGUCCAUCGAUGAUGUCACUGCUAAAUUUGACGAGUUGCAGCAGAUGAAGAGUAACGACUGGAGGCCGGUGGAAAGCCCGGAGAGGAAGGAGAGGAAGUGGCCGCCCCCCGUACCAAAGAAGCCUCCGAAGGGCCGUGGCGGCGUGAUGCGGGAGCGGUCGCUGGACCUCCAGGACCGCCAGCGGCAGGAGGCGAGGCGACGGCUCAUGGCCGCCAAGCGCGCCGCCUCCUUCCGACAGAACUCUGCAACGGAGCGGGCUGACAGCAUCGAGAUCUACAUCCCCGAGGCCCAGACCCGGCUCUGAGGUCCCGGGGGGGGCGCAGCCAGCGAGCGAGCACCUCCUCCCCCCUCUCUCCUCACCUGUACGGCAGCAGACGCUCCUCCGCACUGGGCCAGUUCUCCUUCUCUCAUGUGUAGUCACACAUUUGCACUGGUUACCGCUGUGAAGAGUACUCACACAUCUCCCACCCCCCCCCCCAACCCCCAACUGGAAAUUAUUAUUAUUAUUACUAUUAUAUAUAGUUUGAUCAUCACAUCUCUCCGUAUCUACAAGCAAGAAUUUUUCUUUAGCUAAUUCGAAAGGCUUGAUAGUUAGCUGGUGUCUCGCUGCAGUGAAUGUUAAAUUGUAAAACACCCAGGGGUUCAGCGUUGCCAUGGCGAAUGGUUCGGGGGGGGGGACAUGUCUUUUAUUUUUCAACACAGUCAGAUCUGAUCACAAAGUGCAGCUUUUUUGAAGAAUCUCACCAGCAGCAACCAUCUUCGGGCCCCUGGGGGAAAUGCAACUCCUGGUGGAAGCCAGGAGUGGUGGCUUGGAUCUGACGACCACCCCAACCCCUCGCCGCCAGAUACUGAAGUCAGUUCCUCUCCAGAAAGUGUUUCUCAGCCUCCAUGGGACGCGACAGACUGUCCUCCACGUCUUCAAAAGAAAAGCCUGCACAACUAGAAGUGAUCUCUUAGACGAUGCCAGAAAUACCUCAGUGGUGCCUGCCGCGGUGCAGUCGGAGGCCAGAGGCUCGCUCGUGGGCUGCGCUCGCCUCUGGGCGCCUCGACCGGCCCUGCUCGGCCGCCGUUGGCAAGUGUCCUCCUUGGCAGUGGCCCCGGUCUCACUUUGCUGAGAACCGCGGUCUGGAAAAGGCACAUGUGCCGAUGUGCCAACCUCUUUCACAUCUCUUGUCUGCCCUCAAGUAUCUUGCCAUUUCCUUGGCACUGGAGUAAGUGUGUUAACCUCGGCUCCUUGCCUAAGUGAGAAACGUGCCGAAAAUAUUGUGCCAAUUUGGGUUUACGUGUACACAUUUUGUUAUUGUAACUUUUAGAAGAGAUUGAUCGAGUGAAGGGUCACAGAUUCAUCAGCUCUGGAUAAAAAUGUUAUAUUUCUACUAUACAAAGAAUUACUUAAGCACCUGAAAUUACACUGCUGUUUGUAUUUCCAAGGGAAAUGUAACAAAGAUCACCUGAUAUUGUUGCAAUUAAAUUGCAAGGUAAGAUUUGAAGAUUUAUAGUUGGUCAUAGAUUAUCGCUACUUGUGAGGCGUAUCGGCCCGUGACCCUGCAACGGUUCAGAAUAUCAGAAUGUCAGCAUAUGUUCAAAACGUUCGGCUUUUUUGCUGUCUGAAGCAUAAGUGGAAGUCUCCUGAAACGUCAAACCAGGGUUGGACCGUCGGUCCUGAUCCUACCCCGCUGUAGGACUGCGGCUGUACGGCCCAAUUAGAUGUGCAAAGGUUGACCAUGAAGCUACUGACUACGUGCAGACAAAGCGUCUACAUUCCCUAUUCAUUGUGCUUUCCUUUACAGCAAAGUUUGCACAGGUGUCGUGUUUUACAACAGGCUUUGUUUUGUACUAUGGAGACAACACCGGAGGACGGAAGGUAUUUAACAGUAUUUAAUGUUUAAUGUUGUUUGACAUUUCGGCACCAGGACAACAUUAGUGGUUUACUGUUGAACAUGGA